AUGGCAGUUACAAAUUUCCCUUUCAAUAUAGAUCAACCAAAAACCUUCACUGCUUCCAGAAAUGGAGCCUUCACAAACAUGGCCGACAUGGCCGACAACCAUAUCAAUCAAUCUCGUGUCCGGACUAGAGGAGAUAGAGAUAGAGAAGGGUUCAGGUCUGCGCAGGCAAGGAGUAGGGGUGCAGGACAAGCAAGCAAAUGGAUUGGGGGAAAGAGACGACAAUCAUGGCCAUGGAAAUCUCCGCCCAGAAAGAAGAAGAGAAGAAAGAAAGGAGAGUUGACUACAAAAUCUCUGAUCUCUAUAUCUAAUUCUAGUGGCGACAUAGGAAAGAGAGAAUAUCAAGCUGCAGGAGAAGGCAAUCUGAGCAUUAAUGGGGCGCAUAGCUCGAGUGGCCAUUUACAGCAAAGAGCAGACGAGAUGGGGAGUGAAAGACAGGCUAGCAAGAGAGACAAAGGAGCAGACACUAGCGAGAGUGGAAGGAACUUGAUGAAUCAUUACAAACUCAGAAGGGGGAAAGAUAGUGGAGGCCCUGUGCAGGCAGCAUUCAAUGGAGGGAGAGCAGAGAAGGGAAAACUCGGUACUGUGGAUGGAAGUGCCAGACGGCGACUAUAUCCCAGAGGAAAUAGAGAGAAGCUAGGGAGACAAAAGGGAUUAAAGGUCUCCAUCACGGUUGUAAGAGGGGUGGUUACAAAGCAUUUACUGACCCCAGUCGGAGAGAAGGCAACGAAAGGGGAGUAUUUAAGGGGAGUGGGAGUCUCAUCUCUGGACACCUUUCUACCCAGAUCUAAACCAAUAGCCAAACUCAGAAAAGAUAAGAGAGAUCUAGAUAAAAGAGAAGAAAAGCCCCUCGAAUCACUGAGAGAUUCAGAGGUAGAAGCAAUGGAGAUGAACUAG